GCCCCAGGAAUGGAAGGAACAUCACAUCCAAGUGUGCCGAAAGCUGUUGCAGCAUGCUGUGGAUGAUCCGUUCAUUUCCAGGAUCAUUGUGUAUGAUGAAAUAUGGGUAUAUCUCUUGAGACAAAGUGACAGUCUUCACAAUGGGAGAGCCAACCAUUUCCAUUACAGAAGAAGAAAGGGGAAAAUUCCUUGCACUUGAUCUUGGAGGUACUAAUUUUCGUGUUCUUGUUAUUCACUUGUCUGAGAAGCACUUUGACAUGAAAGCCAAGAUAUUUGCAAUACCACAAAAAAUUAUGGUGGGAACUGGAACACAGCUGUUUGAUCAUAUAGCUGAAUGUCUAGUGGCAUUUGUUAAGGAGCAUCAGUUACACACAGAAGUACUGCCUCUAGGAUUUACAUUCAGCUUUCCAUUAAUGCAGAAAGGACUAUCUGUAGGAAUUCUUGAAAGGUGGACUAAAGGCUUCAACUGCUCUGGUGUUAUUGGACAAGAUGUAGUUCAGCUGCUGAGAGAUGCACUGGACAAAAAACCGAGAUUCAGAAGGAAGAACUUCAGGGUGAAACAAUCCAAGAUAUACAUUAACAGAGUGAAACAGGAUGUGAAGAUUAACAUCGCUGCAGUUCUUAAUGACACUACAGGUACGCUGAUGUCAUGUGCAUGGAAGGAUCACAACACAAAAAUAGGACUCAUCAUUGGAACUGGUACAAAUUCAUGCUAUGUAGAAAAAACUGAGAAUGCAGAACUGUUUGAUGGUGACAGGAGCAAACCAUAUGUAAUCAUCAACACAGAAAGUGGAGCAUUUGGUGAUGAUGGAAAACUUAAUUUUAUUAGAACAGAAUAUGACAAAGAUGUAGAUGACAAUUCCAUAAAUCCUGGAAGACAACUGCAUGAGAAGAUGAUAUCAGGAAUGUAUAUGGGAGAAAUAGUUCGACUGAUAGCUGAGAAAGCUAUUAAAAUGAAUGCCAUCCUGGGUGGAAAAGGUUCUGAUGCAUUUCAAAAGCGAGGGGGUUUCUUCACUAAAUAUGUAUCUGAAAUAGAAAGUGAUAAACCAGGUUCUUACACAAAUGUUAAGAGAAUAAUGAAUGAGCUUGGUCUUCCACAUGCAACUGAACAAGAUUUUGUAGACUUCAGACAUAUGUGUGAAGCUGUUUCUUCAAGAGCUGGUGUCAUGGUCUCUGCUUCAAUGGCUACAUUACUUAAUAAAAUGGGUUUUGAACAAGCAACUAUUGGCAUUGAUGGUUCACUCUAUCGAUUUCACCCUGGGUUUGCAGACCUAAUGACAAGAAAAAUUUCACAAUUAGUGAAGCCAGGGAUUAAAUUCAAGUUAAUGUUGUCAGAAGAUGGAAGUGGAAGAGGAGCAGCUCUAGUUGCUGCUGUUGCCAGUCGGGGAGACUAACAGCAGUCAGAGUUAAAUACUUUGCUUUUUGUUUUAACCAGAUUAGCUUAAAUCUGUCUUUUCUCUUGUAGAAAAAUUAUUUGCCUUAAUGUUUUGUGGCCUGGGUUUUUCACCAGCAGAUAUUGUAAACAAUGAGACCACCACAUCUCUUUGUAUUAAACAAA